CGUGUGGAAGCAAAAGGUUUUGGUUGGAAGUCUGCGCCUGCCGUGUGCGGCCUAAUAAUACGUCCCUCUGUCUUCCUUCUUCUCUGUUUCAAAGAAAACAAAUAAUGGUGGCUCGCUGCACCUAUAAAUCAGACGAUUUAGUCAUUAAAUCACCCAACGAUAGGCGUCUCUACAGAGUUAUUGAGCUCGACAAUGGUCUCUGCGCUUUGCUUGUUCAGGAUCCCGAGAUUUACCCUGACGACGAUUCUAAAACCCUAGGAAACUCCCCUCAACAAGAACAAUUAGUAGAAGAGGAUGAUGAUGAUGAUGAGGAAGAAGAUAGCGAAGAAGGGGACGAUGAUGAAGAUGAAGAAGAAGAAGAGGAGGAGGAAGGUGAAGAAGAAGAUAAUGAAGGGAAAGUGAAAGGGACAGGAAAAGGAACUUCUCAGACUAAGAAGGCAGCGGCAGCAAUGUGCGUAGCCAUGGGCAGCUUCUCUGACCCUGUUGAGGCACAGGGUCUCGCUCAUUUUCUAGAACACAUGCUUUUCAUGGGGAGUAAUGAUUUCCCAGAUGAGAAUGAGUAUGAUAGUUACUUGUCCAAGCACGGAGGCUCAUCAAAUGCAUACACAGAAACUGAGCAUACAUGCUACCAUUUUGAAGUCAAGCAUGAGUAUCUUAAGAGUGCCCUGAAAAGAUUUUCUCAGUUUUUUGUUUCCCCUCUUGUGAAAAUUGAAGCCAUGGAACGAGAGGUGCUUGCAGUAGAUUCAGAGUUUAACCAGGUUUUGCAAAAUGAUGCUUGCCGCCUCCAACAGCUCCAAUGUCAUACAUCUGGACCUGGUUACCCAUUUAACAGAUUCUGUUGGGGGAAUAAGAAGAGCCUUAUUGAUGCCAUGGAGAAAGGAAUAAAUUUGCGGGAACAAAUUUUGAAACUAUACAGAGAUUACUAUCAUGGCGGACUGAUGAAACUAGUUGUCAUUGGAGGAGAGUCUCUGGACAUGCUUGAGAGUUGGGUUACAGAAUUGUUUGCUAAUGUCAGAAAAGGUCCUCAGGUGAAGCCAAAGUUUCAGGUGCAAGGUCCUAUCUGGAAAGCUGGUAAACUUUAUAGAUUAGAGGCAGUUAAAGAUGUUCACAUCCUUGACUUGACAUGGACGCUGCCAUGUCUUCGUCAAGAUUAUCUGAAGAAAUCUGAAGAUUAUUUGGCUCACCUCUUGGGGCAUGAGGGCAGAGGAAGCUUACAUUCCUUUCUCAAAGCUAAAGGAUGGGCCACAUCUUUGUCUGCUGGUGUUGGAGAAGAAGGAAUGCAUCGAUCAUCUGUAGCUUAUAUCUUUGGCAUGUCGAUACGUCUCACUGACUCUGGCUUAGAGAAGAUUUUUGAAAUCAUUGGCGUCAUUUAUCAAUACCUUAAGUUACUAUAUCAACUUUCACCGCAAGAAUGGAUAUUUAAGGAACUACAGGAUAUCGGAAACAUGGAAUUCAGAUUUGCAGAAGAACAACCUCAGGAUGAAUAUGCUGCAAAACUUGCAGAGAAUUUGCUUGUUUAUCCAACAGAACAUGUUAUAUAUGGAGAUUAUGUGUACAAGAUCUGGGAUGAAGAAAUGAUAAAACAUCUCCUGGGUUUCUUCACACCAGCAAACAUGAGGAUUGAUGUGGUAUCAAAGUCAUUCAUGAAGUCUCGAGAUGUCCAACAUGAGCCUUGGUUUGGAUCAUCUUACACUGAGGAAAAUAUUCCUCCUCCUUUGAUGGAAUUGUGGAGGGAUCCGCCAGAAAUUGAUGUUUUAUUACACCUACCUUCAAAGAAUGAGUUUAUUCCAUGUGACUUUUCCAUUCGUGCUGAUGGCUUAAAUGGCACAAAUUCAUCUUCUCCAAGAUGUAUAAUUGAUGAACCUUUGAUGAAGUUCUGGUACAAGCUUGACAACACUUUUAAAUUCCCCCGUGCAAAUACAUAUUUCCUCAUAAAUUUGAAAGGGGCCUACAAUGAUGUGAAGAGUUGUCUUCUAACUGAGCUAUUUAUUCACCUUCUCAAGGAUGAGCUGAAUGAGACCAUAUAUCAGGCCAGUGUUGCCAAGUUAGAAACAUCUGUAUCUUUUGUUGGUGACAAGUUGGAGCUAAAGGUUUAUGGUUUCAAUGAUAAGGUUUCGGUUCUUUUGUCUAAGAUUUUGGCGAUAGCCAAAUCAUUUGUUCCAAUAAAUGAUCGUUUUCGGGUUAUAAAAGAGGAUGUGGAGAGAAGUUUAAAGAAUGCCAAUAUGAAGCCUCUAAAUCAUUCAUCAUACUUGAGACUUCAAGUCCUGCGUAAGAGCUUCUAUGAUGUAGAGGAGAAGCUACGUGUUCUAGGUGACCUCUCUCUUGCUGAUCUGAAGGCAUUUAUUCCUGAGCUUCUUUCCCAGAUUUAUAUUGAAGGCCUGUGCCAUGGCAAUUUGUUGGAAGGAGAAGCAAUCAAUAUAUCAAAUAUAUUCAAAAACAACUUUUCUUCACCACCACUCCCUUUUAAUAUGAGGCAUGAGGAGAAUGUAUUAUGCCUUCCUCCUAGUUCCAACCUGGUGAGAGAUGUCAAAGCGAAGAAUAAGUCUGAAACAAACUCUGUAGUUGAGCUUUAUUUCCAAAUUGAGCCAGAAACAGGGUCAAAAUCAAUAGCAUUGAAGACAUUGGCUGAUCUUUUUGAUGAAAUUGUGGAAGAACCGCUCUUUAAUCAGCUAAGGACAAAGGAGCAGCUUGGUUAUGUUGUUGAAUGUAGCCCACGAGUAACAUACUGUAUUUAUGGAUUUUGUUUCUGUGUUCAAUCUUCCAAAUACAACCCAAUUUACUUGCAGGAGAGAAUUGACAACUUCAUGAAUGGCCUUGAAGAGUUGUUGGAAGGACUUGAUGAAGCAUCCUUUGAGAACUACAGAAGUGGGUUAAUGGCUAAGCUACUGGAAAAAGAUCCUUCCCUCCAGUAUGAAACCAAUAGGCUCUGGAAUCAGAUUAUCGAUAAAAGGUAUAUGUUCAACUUUUCACAGAAAGAGGCAGAAGAACUGAAAAGCAUUCACAAGAAUGACGUUAUUAACUGGUACAAAACAUAUUUGCAACAAUCAUCUCCCAAAUGUCGAAGACUUGUAGUUCGGGUGUGGGGUUGCGACACCGACUGGAAAGAAUUUGAAACACAGCGAGAUUCUGAGCAGUUGAUUAAAGAUCUCUCUGCCUUUAAGAUGUCAUCUGAGUAUUAUCCAAGCCUUUGCUGAGGCAGAAAAUCUUAUUCAACACCAAUUGUACCAUACCAGUCUUAAUUUUCAAAGCAGGUUGAUUUUGGACCAAUAUUGUUUGAUCCUCCAUUAUGAGAAUCUGAAAAUGGAGUUAACUGAUUAUUAACAUUGAAGACAUGGAAUAAUGGGAUUGCCAUAAAAUGGUAUGUUUGAAUUUUA